GAGUGCAUUUGGAAAUCCUUUCCGUAGGGUAAAAUAGCGUUAAAUUAACCAAUCAGGACAAAAAGAGCAAAGAUUUUUUGCUCUUUUUGUCCUGGUCAAUUUAAAACUACUCUACCCCACGAGAGUGAUUUUCGAACGCACCCUUUGAGGUCUAUAGUAUAUCCGUCCUUUUAUGCUCCUUUUCUGCUUUUCUUCCAAAGCGCGCUAGCCAGAGGCCGGAGCCCGGAGCCCGAAACGCCGAACUGGCGUCACUGACUGGGAUACGUUAAAAAAAAUAUCUUUAUAGUUGACAAUAGAUUAUAUAAAUAAUAAUAUAAAGCUAAAUUAAGAUAGAUUAUGAUGGUCAGAGUUAAGUUAUGCUUCGGAAUUUAAUAUAGAUACUAAGUACAUUUAUGUUUUGCUUUUGACUUGACUGAUUAACAGUUACAUAGGUUAUGUUAGUGACCUCUGAAUUUUGUUCAAAUAUUUGUGUGUUAUAUUCUGGUAAAUAUUUACAAUGGUGUCAACACGAGGACCGAAAUUUAAAUUUUGUGAUGGAGAAAAAGUAUUAUGCUACGAACCAGAUCCUACAAAAGCAAAAGUAUUAUAUGAUUCGAAGGUACUUGACGUUAUUGUAAAUAAAGAUCAAAGAGGAAGAAAAGCUGUUGAAUAUCUCAUACAUUUUCAAGGUUGGAAUUCAUCUUGGGACCGUUGUGUGACAGAAGAAUAUGUGCUUAAAGAUACAGAAGAAAAUCGCCAACUUCAACGAGAUUUAGCACAAAAAGCACAGCUUCAACUUGGUGCUUAUUUAUAUCGCCGUGAACGCAAGAAAAGAAGUCAUAAAAUGUCAGAACGCUUAGCUGAAACAGAACAUCAAGAAUCUCGUCGUAGAGCAAGAAGCGGUGGCAGCCGUGCUACAUCAGCUACUACUGGAUCUUCAGAAGAUGGUAGUUCGGGACAGCAUGCUGAUUAUGAUACAGAAGAAGUAAACACAGAAGAAGACACAGAGAGCAGUUCUGAUUAUAUGGGUGAAACAAGUGACGAUGAAGACAGUGGUGGAGGUAGCCAAUCUGGAGCCAGUAUUAAGCCAGGAAUUGAUAUUGAUAUAGGUAGUACAUUAAAACGGAUUUUAGAACAGGAUCAUGAGCUAAUAACAAAUAAAAACAAGCUUGUAGUUCUUCCUGCACAACCUACUGUGAUAAAUAUUUUGGAAUCCUGGGUGCAACAUUUUACUACAACUCAAUUGACAAAUAUUCCAGAAAAACCUCAGCGGAAUAAAACAAAUAAUACAAUAGAAAAAACAGUGAAUGAAGUAAAUAUAUGCAGAGAAACUGCGGAUGGUUUACGCAUAUAUUUUGAUGUCACAUUACCUCAUCUUCUCCUAUAUAGACAAGAAAAGGAGCAAUAUUUUUCUCUAAAAUCUGCUUUAUCAUGUAACGAGCAAGCAAAUAUUGUUACAAAAGAAGAACCAAUUGAGAAUCUGGAAACGUCAAGAGAAGAAUUUGAAGAUGCAGAAUAUGCUCAUUUACCACCUUUUCAAGAACAUGAUUCAGAGAUGGACAAUACAUCUAAGCCAUCAAACAAUUCUAAGCGUAGAUUGCGAUCGUGUCGUGUAAGUUCAGUCGAUGAAAGCCGGCAGUUAAGAUCGUAUGACGAAGGAAAGCAAGAUGGCGGUAAUUUAUCGAGUAGCAUAGCAAGUACAAGUUCCCGUUGUUCUAGCCCACGAGGUGUAACACUAAGAAUGCCGCCUGUUGUUACAUCUGCUCAAGUAAAUGCUUUACUUCAACAAGCAAAUAAAUGGAGAUUAAUGCCUCAAGCUUCGAAACAAGGCGAAAAUUCAACAAAUCCAUCUACUUAUUAUGGUGUCAUUCAUUUAACUAGAUUAUUUGUUAAGUUACCUGAGUUAUUACAAUCCACAGAUAUGCCAAGUAAAAAAUUGAAAGUACUCCUAAAAUAUUUGGAUAUGUUUCUAAGCUAUCUGGAGAUGCAUAGGGAAUGGUUUGGAGAGCAAUUUUAUAUGCAAGCGGAAAAUCGAGCAGUACCACAAAUGAGUAAUACUUAACAAUAUACAACAUUUAUAACAAUACAUUGCUUUCCUUAAUCUAAGAUAUGAUUAUAUAUAAUAUUAUAUAAAAGUAUUUUUAUGGAACAUAGAAAUAAAAAUACAAAAAAAUUCUUUUUUUAUAA